CAGCAUCAAGGAUGAAAAGGAUGCCCAGGACUUGAUCUUAGAAAAAACCAAAGAAGUGGAGUCUUUACGAAAUUCCAGCUUGGUUAAAGGAGCAAGAAAAAUGCCAGGGGCAAUGGAGCGAUUUGAUAAACUGGAUAUGUCAGCUAUGCUUAAGUUGGAGCCGGCUUUCGACAGAGAGCGAAUUUCCAGAAAGAUCCUCCCAGAGGCUGCUCCAAGCACUCUAAACUGUAAAAUGAAAGCCAGAGAGAAGUACCAAUCUGACCUGUGGUUAGAAAUUGAACACCUGAAUAAGGGUUUAGUGCUACCAGACCCAAGUUCAUCUUCCUUGGCACGUUUUAAUACAACUACCUAUGCCGUGGCUCAGUGUGAAAUCACAGAUUCUGCUCACCUUCCAGUUCACACCCCAACGAUAAAGAGAAAGGAAUAUCAUAAUAGAAUCCUCUUUCCAACUCAGAUUCCAAAGAAAGCAGGGAUGAAAAAAGGAUGGCAGAGGGCAUUGGCUGUAGUGUGUGACUUCAAACUCUUCCUGUAUGAUAUGGAUGAAGAAGAAGACUCAACACCCAAUGUUGUAGUUAGUCAAGUGAUUGACAUGAGGGAUGGAGCGUUUUCUGUUAGUUCAGUCUGGCCCUCUGAUUUUAUUCCUGCAAGGAGAAAGGAAAUGCCUCGUAUGUUUAAGGUCACAGCUUCCCAGCUCUCAGCACCUAGUAAUAGAUAUUCAAUCCCAAUCUUAGCAGAUAGCGAGAAUGAGAAGAGUGAGUGGGUGAGCGUGCUGAGUGAAUUGCACAAAAUAUUGAGAAAAAGUCAUUCCGGAGACCGCUCAGUCUAUGUUCUGAAAGAGGCUUAUGACAACAAUCUACCCCUGAUCAAAACCACCCAGACAGCUGCAAUCAUAGAUCACAAAAGAAUCGCUCUGGGAAAUGAAGAAGGGUUAUUUGUUGUCCACGUUACCAUAGAUGAAAUUAUUCGCAUUGGCUACAUGAAGAAGAUUCACCAGAUUGAGCUUAUCCCCCAUGGCCAGAUGGUUGCAGUGAUCUCAGGACGAAGUCACCAUGUGCAGCUGUUUCCCAUGUCAGCUUUGGAUGGACGAAAGACUGAUAUUCACAAGCUGGCAGAAACCAAAGGGUGCCAGACCGUGACUUCUGGAACAGUGUGCCAAGGGGCCCAUACAUGCCUCUGUGUGGCUAGGAAAAGCCAAAUCUUCUGUUACAAGCUGUUUCAGAGCAAGAAAAUUUCUCACAGAAAAUUUAAAGAGCUCCAAAUCCCAACCAAUGUCCAGUGGAUGGGCAUCUUCAGCGAACAGCUCUGUGUAGGAUUCCAAUCAGGAUUCCUGAGAUACCCCUUGAGGAGAGAAAGAAUUCCAUACAGGAUGCUGCACUCCCAUGACCCUACACUGUCAUUUAUUGCACAUCAACCAGUGGAUGCUCUCUGUGCAAUUGAGAUCUCUAGUAUUGAGUAUCUGUUAUGUUUUAAGAGCAUUGGAAUUUACACUGACAGCAGGGGCCUCAGAUCUAGGCCAGCUGAACUGAUGUGGCCAGCAACUCCAAGUUAUUGCUAUUCGUUAAGUGAGAUGAGAGGAAGGCUCAUCUUUGGUCUAUCUUAUACUGAACCAAGGGCCAGCCAUGACCAAGCACCUCCACCUAAGGGAGCAGCACCAAUUUCGUCAGGACUUUCUGCCAGAUUCUUCUCAAAAUAUAUUGGCUACUUGAGAGAUGUCAUUACACUCCUGUGAUUUAUACAGAAGAACAAGCCAGACAUAACUCACUAUGGCAAAUUUGUACCUGGAAAUCAUGGAGAUGUGAUGGCAGACAAGCGCUGUGGUCUUGGAGGAGUCUCGCCAAACUGUGAAGUGAAACCUGCAGAAUUUCCUGUGACAGCACUGACUUCCCAAUGCCUAGCAGCACCAAAACCAACAACACCAGGAGGAAAACACUUUAAAUCAGGAGAUACUGAAAUGACUUUGUAUCUGCCAAAUUAGGAGAGAGAGAUUGCACGCUGCCAUGGGUGCUCUAAUUUCAUUUCAUUUUUUUUUUUUAAUAGAAAGCCUUCACCUCUCCUUUUUUGGUCACUUAAGCUUCUCUUGCUGGUGGUUUAAAAAUGUCUUUUAUUCCAUGACAUUAUAGGAAAGGCUCUUUUGGAGCCAUAGUUUAGUUAUAAAUGACUCUUGCACAACUGUUUUUUAUUUCCAUUUUGUUUCACUGACUGAGAAUGUAAAUUGAACUUUAGUGCUAUUGUGCUUUGUUCUGCCUCUCUUUGUGGAAAUGUGUUCUGAAUUAAAGCCCACGAAUAAACCAGAGCCGUCCCAAA